AUGCUACAUGAACCUGCAUCAGGAGGACACCCGCAUAAGACUGCUGCCUUUCCUGUCGGUAUCAGCCAGUGCAAGGGUUUAUUCAAAGACUCAGUAGUAGGGAUUAAGAGAUCAUCAAUGGCUGCCUUCCUAGUGAGAAGAGAAGUCAUUUCCGAGGAGCCAAUGGUUCAGGACUUCAAGACCAGAUGGCCAGCAUUCUUUCACAUGAGUGAGAUAAAUGCCGAAUUUAAGAGGAUAACUACCAUGCUGCUCCAGUCCAGAUUUCUCUCCCAGCUGGAUAUUCAUACAGUCAAAAUGAUCAAGUUAUUCGGGAAACGAGGAGGAGUGAUUGGAGCCAAACUGAAGAACAUCCUGGAAGAGAUCGAGAGGGCAAAGGACAUUGACAUUCUCAGAAAACUCAUCCUAAAGGGACUGUGCAUAUAUCUCCAGGAGGACCCAGCACACCUGUUCAGAGAAUAUGAGAAAGAAGACCGUGCUGCAAUCCAGGAGGCCAUCGAGGACACCACGGUGGCAAUUUUCCACAUCAGGGAAAGUGGCGGUGAUGGGGAAGAGGACAUCCUCGUUGUCCUUGAAGGCCAGGCCGUGGUGGUUGACCUACCAAGUGUGGGGGUGGCGGUUGCCAUGCUGUUUGGCCUCAUUUACAACUUAAACCUGGACUACCCUCCUCAUCUCAGAUACACCUUUGAGGUAAUACAGAAAGUUGUAAUGGAGUUGGAAGGCAAAGUGCUGUCAAAAAGGGCUCAGGCCUUGAAGAUCCGACUCUUUGAGUAA